CAUGCACAGAAUCUCUCCCCGCUACGAUUCCUCGUCACUAGCCGGCCUGAACGGCACAUUACUGUCGUGUUUGACGCUCCCCGCUACCGCAAUGCUUUUCGCAAGAUACUCCUACACGCAGACGAAUUACAGCCCGUCACCACCACGGACAUCAAGCAGUAUCUCUCGGUGUCCCUCUCACAUAUCGGACUGUAUUUCGGCUUAGCAGAGCCCUGGCCCGACGGCGCCGAUAUCGAGGUACUCAGCAGGAUGACUGGCGGCCUGUUCAUCUGUGCUGCGACCGCCGCCAAAUUCAUUAAAGACCCUCACUUCAACGAUCCAAAUGGACAGCUGACCAAGCUUAUAACCGCC